CGACCAGGAAGUAAGCAGCAAACCCUCGGCCAGGGGCCAGCCGCUGAAGUUCCUCUCUGCAGAAGAGCGCAGCUGGCCGCUCUGAGAAUGAGCAUUUCGACGUCGCCUUCUGUGUGUUUUCGGGUCCUUUUGCAAGAAUCCCGAGUGGCCUAGUUUUGAGCGACAUACCUACCGGCUGCGCCCCCCACUCCCGCAGCUGAAGCGACCGGGCGAUUAAUUUGCCGGUACCGGAUCUCCACCUUCAGGAAAGAAAUAUGGGAUGUAUAAAAUCCAAAAGAAAAGAGAACCUUCAUGGAGAUGGGCUAGAUAUGAAGACCCAAUCAGUACGUAAAACUGAAAGAACUAUUUAUGUGAGGGAUCCAACGUCCAAUAAACAACAAAGGCCACCAAAAACAGAUGCACUUUUACCAGGUCAGAGAUUCAUGCCAGAAGAGGAGAAGGAUCUUCGGGCCAUUGUAGUAGCCUUAUAUGCUUAUGACGGUCUUCAUGAAGAUGAUUUGUCCUUCAAGAAAGGAGAGAAAAUGGCAGUUCUUGAGGAGCAUGGAGAAUGGUGGAAAGCUAAAUCCCUCUUGACCAAGAAGGAAGGCUUUAUCCCAAGCAACUAUGUUGCAAAUGUCAACACCUUAGAAACUGAAGAAUGGUUUUUUAAAGAUAUAACCAGAAAAGAUGCAGAAAGGCAACUGCUAGCACCUGGAAAUAGUCCUGGAGCUUUCCUUAUACGAGAGAGUGAAACAUUAAAAGGUAGCUACUCUCUGUCUAUCAGAGACACUGAUAAUAUACACGGCGAUGUUGUGAAGCACUACAAAAUCAGAAGUCUCGACAAUGGAGGAUAUUACAUCUCCCCAAGAAUUACUUUUCCCUCCAUCAGUGACAUGAUCAAACAUUAUCAAAGUUAUUACAAUAAUAAUACCAAAGUUGCAGUUAAAACUCUGAAGCCUGGUACUAUGUCUGUGCAAGCUUUCAUGGAAGAAGCCAAUCUUAUGAAAUCACUUCAGCAUGACAAGCUGGUUCGACUGUAUGCAGUAGUCACCAAAGAAGAACCUAUUUAUAUAAUAACAGAAUACAUGGCAAAAGGUAGCUUGUUGGAUUUUCUGAAGAGUGCAGAGGGUGGGAAAUUACUGCUUCCAAAGCUUAUUGAUUUCUCAGCUCAGAUUGCAGAGGGGAUGGCAUAUAUAGAAAGGAAGAACUAUAUUCACCGGGAUCUGAGAGCAGCUAAUGUUCUAGUUUCAGAAUCACUGAUGUGCAAAAUUGCUGAUUUUGGACUAGCCAGAGUAAUUGAAGAUAAUGAAUAUACAGCCAGAGAAGGUGCAAAAUUCCCUAUCAAAUGGACAGCACCAGAAGCCAUUAACUAUGGUUCAUUUACUAUUAAGUCUGAUGUGUGGUCAUUUGGAGUUCUUCUAUAUGAAAUCAUUACAUUUGGAAAAAUUCCUUAUCCAGGAAUGAGUAAUUCUGAUGUAAUGGUAGCUCUUCAGAGAGGUUACCGUAUGCCGCUUAUUGAAAGCCUGGUCCAACCGAGUCCAGUGAUAUCAAGGAAACCUGUUGGAAAGAUAAAGCAAAUGUUAUUCCAAUAUUUGAUUAUUUAUAGAGCGGUUUCGUUUACUUCUACACAGCAAGUCAUAUGACAAUACCAACAGCAGCCAUAAGAAAAAGACUCUGUUUUCCCCCAUAGACAAUCUUGGGAAAUGAAAAUGAGGUUGAGGCAGUUACUUUGGAUAUACUGGAAUACCAUUAUCAUGAAACUAAAAGCUGCAGUUCAGCUGGAUGAAUAUGUACAAUGUAAAUUAUCAUCAUCCUGAUUAAGGUUAAAGUCCACUAUUAAUGCUUCCUUUGCAUUUUUACUUAAAUAAACAUCCAGAUGAUAUGAGCUUUGACUCAGAAGACAAAAGGGAGUCACACCAAUGCCAAACAUGAGGAAGAAACAGCUGCAAAGAUAAUGAACAAAUGCAAGUUCAUGAAGGUAAUCAAAUGGCACAGCUAUGCUCUGCAUCAUAAAAAGGGAUAAAUCUUCUGUGGCAGAGGAAACAUCUGGAUGUUCUGGUAGAACAGAAGCUUCAAGGGCUACAGUUGGAAGUAGAAGAGCAAUAGUAGAAGUGACAUGAGAAGGAAAAUAGUGGCUACAAUUUCUGUUGGAAAUAAAGAACUGUGUGCUGUCUCUUAACUUCAGAUUACAAGGGGGACUUGACUAGAGAAUCAGAGAGAUAGAGGGGUCAAGGCACUGGAUAUUCUUUACUGUUCUGACACUCUCUCUUUGAUUUGUAGAUUGCUACUCUCAGGGAAACUUCCUGUCUGCUUCUUCUCACACCUCUACUUACACGCACAUUUUUCCAUCUUGCAACCAUGAGGCCGGCAUGCAGAUCCUGUAUCUUUCCUCAUCCUGAUUGGUCAGACUAAAUUGGGAAGCUAUAUUUGUGCUAUCCUAUCCAGAAUUCUUACAAUAAAUGAAGUAUACUAGUUUGAACAGAGAAAAUGGCUUUGAGUAAUUUUGUUCCUGGCUCUUAACAGAGAUUGGACGGCUUUGCUGGGCAUACUAAAGCCUUGCGCACUUGGGGAGCCAGAAUCUGAAUAUGCCAACAACAUCUUCUCCACUUCAGUUUGUUCAUUUUAAAAUCUCUACCCAAUGUUUUAUAUAGCUGUAAAAUAGCUUUAUAUAAGUUUCGUAUAGGAUUUGGUUCAUUGGUCCAUGAUUUAAAGCAUGGAAAUACCUAUGGUAUCAUUUCCCUUCCUGUCAAUCCUAAAUACCAUACCAUUUUAAUAUUCAAAGGUUCAAUGCAAGAAAAAAUUGAAUUACAUUUUGUAAGUAUUAUAAAACAUUAUAUAUGACAUUUAAAUACACUUGGGUAAAAGCAGAUGGUUUCUACUGUUGGUAGAAAGGAUUUUCAUGAAUCUUUUCUGCCAGAGACAAUUUUAAAAAUUACUUCCACCCCUUCCCCCCACUAUUAAACAUACCUAGUUUCAAUUGGUUAACAGUACCAAGGAAGUUAUUUUCACUGUACAACAGUUUUUAAGUUGUUGCUGUUCUUAUUCUUAACUCGUUAUAUUUUGCCAAAUAUAGUAUUACAAAAGGCAAAAUUAAAAUGAAACUUUCUUCUUUGGAAGUAUAGCUUGCUGUUUGUACAGCCAAAGAGUCUGGAUCAAUUUGUACACACAGUCUUGGAACCUGUCUAUAAUCACCAUGUGCAGAAGAAAACUUCCAAGUCUUCUCCUUACUACAGUCGCCUGAUAUUCUGCUCUUGGAUAAUUGCAGAUUUCCCAUCAACAGCAUGAAUGGGCAGUGUGUGUGUGUGUGUGUGUGUGUGGGGGGGUAUUUAUGAUAUUUGACAGGAUGCAACCCACUAUCUAGAAUGGUAAUGACUGCACUUGAAAACAAUUAGAAAUCUUCAGAAGUGCAAGUUUGGGACUGAAGUCAGAAACUGGAUGAGAGUUAACUUUGGUAAUCUUGUUAAGCUGUGCCUCUACUUUUUCCUCAGACUUUUCUCUCUUUAUUAUGUUAACAAUUGGAAGACUAUGGUACUAAGAAAAUAAUUAUACACAAGCUGAUUACUAUAAAAAAUCUGAUUCUAUUCAGUUGCACAAAAACUUUUUGUAAAAAAAUACUGUUUUAGAAUGAAGGAAUCUUUUGGCAGAAUGACAAUCAGUAUUCCAACCUGUAAAUAUUUACAUGGCACUAUAAUUUUUAAUAAAUAACCGUUCUUGAAA